AAAUACGGAAGACCUCCCCGAUCCUAUCAUACAGUCCUCUUGCCCUUUGCCUUUCACUAUAUCCUCCGAUAAUACCUCUGCACGACCGAUCAACGCCCAGCCAUGAACGACCCCCGAGCCUCGAAGCGGAGGAGGGUCUCCGAGAAACCUGCGCAUGACGAUGAUGGAGACAUCACCAUGGAGAGUGAUGAUGUUGUCAAUUCGGCCCUGUCAUCCCCCGAGCCCGAGGCAGACUCCGACGAAGAUCAGGACUAUCGCGGCCCCCGGCGACAAGCCUCGCGACGCCAGUCCACUCGUGCUAGAAAGAGCAACGUGCCGGGCGGCUUGGAAGAAGAUGUCGAGACACCAAGGAGUACACGGACAAGUAGACGGCAGCGUAAAGCACCGCAGAGACUCGAAGACUCCCCGACACCGUCCUCGACGCGGAAGACAGCUGCUACACCUCGAAGUGCUCGAGGGACGAGGAGCGCGCGAAAGCCGAGACAAGAGUCUGUGGAGGAUGUGGAGAUGGAGGAUGAGCAGUCUCCGAAGCCGACUGGGACAAUUUCUAGGACAAGGUCCCGAAGGAGUACGGCCAAGCCUAGGUCAAAUGGCGCCAAUGGGAAUACCGCCGGAGAAGGUGAUAGGGAGACCUCCCCGUUAGAGGGAUACAAUGAUGGCCUCGAUGACCUAGUUGCAAUGCAGCUGCAACAAGGCCUCCAAACCAACGAGGAAUCGCAAGAGGCUGUGGAAACAGCCGAGCCUCUCCCGAAUUAUGCAGAGAAGCUCCAAGCACUCUGCCAGUCUGGGCUGCAAGAUGAAGUCCGUGUUUUGACGACUGCACUGCUCGAGAAGCUAUCCGGUAAACGGCAAAUCCCGCUCAAGGGGCUUGAAAGCGAGUAUACAAAGGUUAAUCACUUGAUUGAGCAAACUGUCACCGUUGGCGAAGGUAACUCAAUGCUUCUCCUCGGGGCACGCGGAUCUGGCAAGACAGCGAUCGUGGAAACGAUCAUCUUGUCUCUCGCAAAGGAACACGGCAAUGACUUCCACGUAGUGAGGCUGAACGGUUUCCUCCACACUGAUGACCGUCUUGCUCUUCGAGAGAUGUGGCGUCAGCUCGGUCGUGAGACCCACACUGAAGACGACGCCGCAAAGGUCAGCUCCUAUGCCGACACUAUGGCUACCUUGCUGGCCCUGUUAUCACAUCCGGAAGAGCUCUUUGGUGCCGGAAAUGGGGACAAUGUGACCGCAGCCAAGUCCGUUGUGAUCCUUUUGGAUGAGUUUGAUCUGUUUGUGACGCAUCCUCGACAGACUCUGCUGUAUAAUCUGUUUGAUAUCGCCCAAGCCCGAAAGGCGCCUAUUGCUGUCAUCGGGCUCACUACCAAGGUUGAUGUAACUGAGAUGCUGGAGAAGCGUGUCAAGAGUCGUUUCAGUCAUAGAUAUGUCUACAUUCCGCUUCCCAAGACAUACGAGACUUUCUCGGAGAUUUGUCUGGCAAGUUUGGAUCUCGAUGAAAAUGAAGUCGAGGAGCUUGCUGCGGGACUUGGAUCUGAGAAUGCUAUUACAAAAACCGCUGGUUGGGAAAAGCUUCUCGAGGGAUGGAAGGAAUACUUGCAGAAUCUUUGCAACGACAAGGACUUCCAAUUCCACCUAAAGAAGAUCUACCACCAAACCAAAUCCGUAAAGGAAUUCCUCACGAGCGCUCUCCUCCCCAUCAGCGAGUUCCACCUCAGCUCACAAGCCGCCGACAAGCCAACCUUCCAAAUCCCAACACCCAAAAGCUUCGCCUCGCAAUCCCUCACCUGCCCAGAUCCAGCACCCCUUCCUUUUUCAACUUCCAUGACCGCAUCCUUCAGUCCCUCAUCUCUCCCUCUCGCUCUCCUUCUAGCAGCCACCCGCCUUGCUGCCCUCUUCGACCCAAGCAACGACGGCGCCCACGCUGGCAUUGCUCCAUUAGCCCUCUCCUUCCCCGCUGCGUACGCAGAGUACGUACGCCUACUCACCUCUGCAAAGACUUCUGCGUCGAUCUCCGGUGCGGCAGCUACACCUGGCCGUGUCUGGGGUCGAGACGUGGCGAGGGAGUCCUGGGAGAAGCUGGUUACUUGGGGCCUUGUUACGCCUGUUGGUAGUGGCAAUGGCACUGCAGAUGGACAGAUGUUCCGUGUGGAGAUUAGCUUUGAGGAGGUUGUUGAGAUGGCUGGUACGGGGAGUUCUUUGGGACAGUGGUGGAGGGAGUGA